AUGAGUUACAACUGCCAUGCAGAAGAUUGCCAGGAGGGAAAUGGAGCGUCCUACCGAGGAACUGUCUCUGUGACCGCAUCAGGCAGGACGUGUCAACGCUGGGACAGUCAGUUUCCUCAUAUACACGUCAAGACACCAGCUAAUCACCCAUCAUCCGGACUGGAGCACAACUACUGCCGGAACCCGGACGGCGAACACGGAAUCUGGUGCUACACCACGGAUCUCUUCAAGAGAUAUGAGUAUUGUGACGGUCCAUUCUGUGGAGGUUGCCAGGAGGGGAAUGGAGCGUCCUACCGAGGAACUGUCUCUAUGACCGCAUCAGGCAGGACGUGUCAACGCUGGGACAUUAGGUUUCCUCAUAUCCACGACAACACGCCUGCUAAUAAACCAUCAUCCGGACUGAAUGGGAACUACUGCCGGAAUCCUGACGGCUCACAGAGAGUUUGGUGCUACACCAUAGACCUCUUCAUGAGAUGGGAGUACUGUGACGUACCAACUUGUGGCAUCCGACUCGUGGGUGGACGUUCGUCAAGGAGGGGCAGGGUUGAAGUGUACCAUGGCGGACAGUGGGGGACCGUCUGUGACGACGAUUUUGACAUGAACGACGCCAGCGUGAUCUCCCGUCAGCUGGGGUUCGUAUUCGCUGCCGAGGCCCGAUCUGAUGCAGCCUUCGGGGCAGGAUCAGACCCGACCUGGCUGGACAACUUGGCCUGCGAGGGUUCCGAGACAAACAUCGGACACUGUGGCCACAACGGAUGGGGCUCACAUAACUGUGGGCACAGUGAGGACGCUGGUGUGGUCUGCACGGACGACAUCCGACUCGUUGGUGGACGUUCAUCAAGCGAGGGCAGGGUUGAAGUGUACUAUGACGGACAGUGGGGGACCGUCUGUGACGACGAUUUUGACAUGAACGACGCCCACGUGGUCUGCCGUCAGCUGGGAUACGGAAGUGCUGCCGAGGCCCGAUCUCAAGCUGCCUUUGGGGAGGGGUCAGACCCGAUCUGGCUGGACAACUUGGCCUGCGGGGGUUCCGAGACAAACAUCGGUAACUGCAGCCACAACGGAUGGGGCUCACAUAACUGUGGGCACAGUGAGGACGCUGGUGUGGUCUGCCUAAAGAGUAGUUUCUUUUCAGGCAUCCGACUCGUUGGUGGAAGUUCGUUCAUGGAGGGCAGGGUUGAAGUGUACCAUGGCGGACAGUGGGGAACCGUCUGUGACGACGAAUUUGACUGGAACGACGCCAACGUAGUCUGCCAAGAGCUGGGAUACGGAGGCCCUGCCGAGGCCCGAUCCGGAGCAGCCUUUGGAGCGGGGGCAGGUCCAAUCUGGCUGGACAACGUGGCCUGUGUGGGUUCCGAGGCAAACAUUGAAUACUGCAGUCACAGCGGAUGGGGCUCAAAUAACUGUGGGCACAAUAAGGACGCUGGCGUGGUCUGCCCGAAAGCCAUCCGACUCGUCGGUGGAAGUUCUUUUAAGGAAGGCAGGGUUGAAGUGUACCUUAACAGACAGUGGGGGACCGUCUGUGACGACGCUUUUGACAUGAACGACGCCCACGUGAUCUGUCGUCAGCUGGGAUACGUUGGCGCUGAAGCGGCCCGAUCUCAAGCAGCCUUCGGGGCGGGGACAGGUCAGAUCUGGCUGGACGACUUGGCCUGCGGGGGUUCCGAAACAAACAUCCAACACUGCAGCCACAACGGAUGGGGCUCACAUAACUGUGGACACAGCGAGGACGCUGGUGUUGUCUGCUUGGACGGAAGCUGCGAGGUGGAGCCAACUAGGCGACGGGAUUGCGGCUGGCCUGGCAUUACUCCAGGGGAGUGUGAGAUGAAGGGAUGCUGCUAUGAUACGUCACCUACUGCACCUUGGUGUUUCUACAAGGGAGGAGAUUGCCAGGAGGGAAAUGGAGCGUCCUACCGAGGAACAUUCUCUGUGACCCAAACAGGCAGGAUUUGCCAACGCUGGGACAGUCACACACCUCAUGGACAUGACAGGACAACUGCUAAUUAUCCAUCAUCUGGACUGGAGCAGAACUACUGCCGGAACCCGGACGAUGCAGCAGGAGUUUGGUGCUACACCACAGAUCCCGGCAUGAGAUGGGAGUAUUGUGACGCACCAAUCUGCACCAGUCAACAUGGUAAGAUCUGAUUAUGCAACAAUUGUUUUGUGUUAUGAUCUCCGGUUAUCUGUAUUAUCAUCUAUCAGGGGACGAUGACCAAUUAGAAGACCCUGUUUUAUGUUGGUUAUGACG